AUGGUUCUGGGUUCAGUCCUACAGGAGCUAACCAACAUAUGCAUUCUUGAGAGAUAUAUUCAUUUGAGAAUUGUUGAUGUGAGCAACAAUCAGUUAUCCAGUUUAAGCCCUUUAGACUUCUUACCAAAUCUGUUGUCUCUGAAAGCAGACAAAAACAUCAUUGAAGAGGUGGACAUUAAACCACAUCCUUUUUUACAAUACAUUUCCUUGAGUAAUAACAAGAUCGAGAACAUUUCUGAGGGACUGUCACACCCCCUUGUCAGACAUAUAGACCUCAGUACCAACAAAAUCAAGGAACUAUCACAAUUGAAUGAAGAGACAUACUCUAAACUUACCGUUCUCAAACUCCAAGAGAAUGCUAUUGAAACCAUCAAAGAUAUCAAUUUACCAAGUCUAACGUCACUUUCUCUUGGUUAUAAUAAGAUGACAGAUCUUCAGUGGAUUUCAAAUCUGGUUAAUUUAGAAGUCUUUGAAAUCAACAACAAUUCUAUAGACAAACUUGAUGGAUUUAAUAAGGACAUGAAAAAACUGAAAUACAUUGACCUGAAAGAGAAUGUCAUUGAGGAGUUUUGCGAAAUAGAAAAACUCGCCUGUCUACCAGCUCUUACUGUUUUGUUGCUGGCCGAUAAUCCAAUCACUAAAGAAGCAGAUUUCCGCGUUGAAGUUCUUAGCUUCUUGACAACUCUUUUCACAUUGAAUUACUCUGAAGUCACGGAGGAAGAGAGAAAUGAAGCUAAUGAGGUUUCAAAAGAGCGCCAAGAGGCUCAGAAUACACAGAAAGAGGAAACACCAUCAUAGCUCACCUGUCCAGACAACUGUACACCACUUGAGUGAGGACAGUAAACACAAAUCCAGCAACCAAUGAUCAGGCAUUCCUAUAACAUAAAGAAGUUACAAAGGUGUAUUAUUGAUAUCAUAUCAAUAUAAUAUCUGUGAAAUAUUGCUGUAAUAUUUCUAUGAUAAAAAAUGCAACAUUAUACGAUAUUCUUCUGAACGCAAUAGACAGACUUUCUUCUUGAAUUGGUUUUUAUACUUUAAUACCAUUAUACUUCUUAACAUGCUGCAGUAUUGCAUCGUUUGCUUUUUAAUAUAUUUUUUUUGUGUAACUUUGUAGCUUUUAUUGUUUGUACUAACUUGAAUGCCAAAGUAUUUCCUGUCCUCUCUGAGAGUCCCAUAUUUUGUUUAGGUAUAACUACAGCUGUAUCGAUAUGGAAUUUUGCUUUGUGACUAUGUGGCUUCAGGUUCAUUACCCAAGGUUUGACACCUUGGGCAAGUUUCUUUUACUAUUAUAGCCUUGAGUGAGUCAAUGACUUGUGAGCAACAAAUAGAAACUAUAUGUCAGCCCAUCUUAUAUACAUGUACACCAUUACUUUCAGACCUGACUGAAUGCUAAGCAAUGAUAAAAUUCCUGCAUCAAACCAAAAUAAAUCUCUUCACCUAUUUUACUAUCAA